AUGUUCAACAUGUGCAGUAGGUACAUCUUGUUAAGAUUGACCGAAAGGGUCGCGAACAAAUUAAAAGCUCCCGGCUUUAACAUUGCCAGAGAGAAGGUUUUUACUUUUGUACUGCACUAGACUCAAGGCCUGCGAUGAUAAUGGGAAGC